AUGAGAGUUUUAAUGACGUUAUUGGUGCUGGUCUUAGGCCUUAGCUACACAUCCUCUAAAUGGAUGAAAAAAUACGUAGAAAACUACCAUAGACCGACUUAUUAUAACAAGCGACACAGUUCCUCGGAUCACGUGGACUACAAUAGAACUGCUUUAGAGGAGCGAGACCAACCUCCCGCGGUGGAAAAUCGUACCCCAGAGCCCUUUGAUGCGGUGAAGCAUCAAAGCUUCUACAUAAGUAUCCUACACCACGCAUCUGUCACCUGUUCGGGCGCACUGAUCUCACGGCGUAUGGUGAUCACCUCGACUGUUUGUUUUCGAGCUUCCCCCAGGGACAAAUCCCACGAGUACAAAGCCAGCCACCUGUCUGUGCUAGCGGCCAUUGACAUGGUUCCAUUCAAUGAGACCUUGCCGCAUGAGGUGAUCGGGUUGUAUUUGCCCGUUAACAAAUUCAAUACAGAAGUCAAUCACGUUUGUCUUCUGGGCUUGAAGCAUAAGCUGGAUCACCACUACCGCUACAUCCCACUCUACCGGAGGAUACCAAAGUUUUUGGAUGAAGUAACCAUAACCUAUGUAGGUGCGGCUUCGCGACGUCUGAAGUAUUACCGCACUAUGGUUCUGAACUUGGAUCGGUGCAAAGACUACUUUCACGCCCAUGACUUCUUCGACGUCGACACCUACCAUCCGGACUACUUCUGCGUCCGCACCCGGCGGCACACCAAGAAGACUACGUGUAACACUCGCCCGGGGGAUCCUCUGGUAAAAGACAACCAGCUGGCUGGGAUAAACAUCUUUGGGGAGCGCUGCGAGGUGGACGACAUUGUGAACAUGGACAUAUACCUGCCAAUAAGACCGGUGGUUCCUUUCAUCCAACUGGCCACAGACGCCUUACGGUCUUUCACCGGAACAGGUCCUUUCAAUGAGACAGCGCAUCCACACGAAGUGUCGCCUUUGGUUAAGUCCCUAAUGGAAGGAUCUCCCAAGUUUUGGGCUGCGGAUGAACAUUUUCCAACACUUCACACAGCACAUCCACCCGAAAUGUAGCCUUUGUUUAAGUUCUCAAUGGAAGGAUCUCCCAAGUUUU